CGAGCAAAAAUAAUUGGGCAAAAAUUAUAUAUUUAAGAAACAUUUAAAAAAAGUCCAAAUUUAGAAUGGCGAUAUUUUCCAUUUGUUGAGUGAGCUCAAGUUGUCAAACACCCAGCGAAUUAAAAGAUAACACGUGUUUUAAUAUCAUCAUCCAUCCACCAACUUCAGUACUCUGGGAACCACUGUUAUAAUAUCGCUUGUCUAUGCGCCUUCGCUUCACGAAGCUUUUUACUUUAUAACUUUUCAAAAAAUGGAUCGCCUCUUUCUUCUCUUCCUCAGCCUCUCUUGCGUAUUUGCUUCAGCCGUUGUCUCCGACGUCAUCAGCAACGACGAUCCGCUGAUCCGUCAAGUUGUAUCCGACGCCGAGACCGAGGAAGAUUCCGGUGACCACCUCCUAAACGCCGAGCACCACUUCACGCUGUUCAAAUCCAAGUUCGGGAAAACCUACGCCACCCAGGAGGAGCAUGAUUACCGACUUGGAGUCUUCAAGGCUAACCUGCGCCGGGCCAAGCGUCAUCAGCUCUUGGACCCCACCGCCAUCCACGGAGUAACAAAGUUUUCCGAUUUAACUCCAUCGGAGUUUCGCCGUCAGUUCCUCGGCUUGAAACCACUCAAGCUCCCAGCCGAUGCUCAAAAGGCUCCAAUCCUUCCGACCGAUAACUUACCUGAUGACUUCGACUGGCGCGAUCGCGGUGCCGUCACUGGCAUUAAAGACCAGGGAUCGUGUGGAUCGUGUUGGUCGUUUAGUACGACAGGAGCUUUGGAAGGAGCCCAUUAUUUGGCGACAGGGGAGCUCGUAAGCUUGAGUGAGCAGCAGCUUGUUGAUUGUGAUCACGAGUGUGAUCCACAAGAAUAUGGCGCGUGUGACUCAGGGUGUAACGGUGGCCUCAUGACCUCUGCUUUCGAAUAUACUCUAAAGGCUGGUGGACUUGAGAGAGAGGAGGAUUAUCCUUACACUGGGAAUGACCGUGGUCCCUGCAAAUUUGACAAGAGCAAAAUCGUUGCCUCUGUUGCUAACUUCAGUGUUAUUUCCGUUGAUGAGGAGCAAAUCGCUGCGAAUUUGGUGAAGCAUGGUCCACUUGCAGUGGGUAUCAAUGCAGUUUUCAUGCAGACAUAUGUGAAAGGAGUUUCAUGCCCGUACAUUUGUUUUAGAAGUUUGGAUCAUGGAGUGCUUCUCGUGGGGUAUGGAUCUGCUGGUUACGCCCCAAUCCGCUUCAAGGAAAAGCCUUACUGGAUCAUAAAGAACUCGUGGGGAGAAAACUGGGGAGAGGACGGAUAUUACAAGAUCUGCAGGGGUCACAAUGUUUGUGGGGUAGACUCCAUGGUCUCAAGUGUCGCUGCCUUGAAUACAAAAUCACAGUAGAAUGGCCCUGUAAAUAAAUGAUUAGUAACAGUAGCAUCAGUAUAUCUAUCAGCAAGUUAUAUUUCUAAAUUUAUGAUAGUACUUGAAGACUCCCUAGGCAUGCUCUGGCUUGAAACUAAAUACCCUUAUUCUUAUGGGUAUCGCCAUUGAUUGCUCCCUAAGAGGGGUGUAUCCUGGAGAUGAUGUGUUCUAGUCAGGAUCUAUCUAUCUAUUUAUAUACGAUUCUGUCAAGUA